CGCAUAAAUACGCCAGAUUAUGUUGCGUAUUAAGCAAACUCUUUCAAACGAAAUAUAUUUGUUAUAUAAAUGUGCGUGUGGUCGUAUUCCUUUUUUUUGUAAAAUAGUCAAAUUAACGCCAUCUUUUGGCUGAUGAUCUCUUUUUGUAAAAAAUUCAUACAAUAAAAGUUUACGAUACAAAUAAACUAUCAAUGUAUAAAAACUACAUGAAUCAAUGGAUCAAUUUUUUUGGGCAAUUUAAAGAAAAAAAAAUUCCAGAAAAGAUUCUUUAUUUGAUUACUAGAAAUUCCGAAGAAAAUUUCCCUAUUUGUAACAACUCAAUUCAAUUCAAUUCAAUGAUUGCACACACAGCUGACGACGAUCAACAUCAACACCCAUAUAUAAUUGUUUUGUAUAUAGAAUUUUUUUGUGAAUUGAUUCAAUCAAAUCUAUCAAUUGUCAUUUGAGAUCACUAAAUUAAAUGAAUGACAAUGUCAUCGCAUCAUUGAUUCACUAAUUAUUUUGAUUUCUAUUUUUUUUCAAUCUGAACAAAAAAAUUCCAGAUCAUCAUUGUCAUGGCACAUCGAUCAUCAGCGGCUGAAACAUUAUCUCAAACAACUUCUGAAUCGUCCACAUCGUUAUCAUCAUCGAUGGAAAUUACUGUUGAAAAAUAUCAACGUUUAGCCACUGAAUAUGCUAAGAUUCGUGCUCAAUUUUUGGUGCUCAAAAAAGCUGUGAUCGACGAGGAAGGAAAAAACGUCGAACAACAACAAACGAUCAAAAUACGUGAUCAAAAUAUACGACGUUUAGAGCAAGAAAUUGAAAGUCUUCGAUUUCGUAAUCAACAACUAACUAAACGUGUUGGUGUAUUACAAAGUGAUUUAGAUUCGAAAGAUCGACAAAAUUCACCAGGAUCAAGACGAACCGGAUUUCUUUCAUUUUCUUCAUCAUCCUCAUCCACCUCGUCAUCAGCAUCGAAAGAUGGUCAAUGCAAAGAUUUACGUCGAGCUUCAACAAGUAGUAGUAACAGUGUUAAUAAUAAUUCACAACAACAGCAACCAGAAUCAAUGAAUCUAGUCGAUGAAUUGAAUUUGGAAUUAAAAACGAAAACCGAAGAAUUGGAACGGCUUAAACAACUAAAUUGUCAUCUGGAACAACAACGGUUACAGUCUACAGAACGGCUAGAACAUGAAUUGAAAGUGACAAAAAAUUUGGCAGCUGAACAAACAGAAACCACUGAAAGACAGUUGGAAGAAUGUAAAUCUAGUCUGCGAAAAAUGGAACAGGAAAAGAUUGAUUUGAAAAGUAGAUAUCAAAAAAUUGAUCAAAAAUUUCAUGAAUCUCGUGUCGAGAUUGAAGAUUUAAAAUAUGAGAAUAAAAAUCUGAAACAACGUAUAGCCAAUCUAGAACAUCUAAUCAAAAAAUCCGAACAAGAAUCCUCGAAUAUAAAAGUGAUUGACAAUAAUUAUCGAUAUGAUUUGAACCAAUUAUCUCCCCAACAACAACGACAGCAGCCGCAACAGCAACGACAGAAUAAAUUCUAUAAAGAUCUCUCCAAACGACAAGAUGUGAUUGAACAAUUUACAAUGAAAUUAUGUGAAUUCAUCUGUGCCCUAUCGACUGUACAUUCCAAUGUAUCUCAAAAAAUUUCAAUAAUGUUUGCAUUGUUCCAAAAACAAUCGAAUCAUUUAUAUUUUCUUGAUUUUCAAUCAUCAUUAUCAUCGAUCGAAUUAUUAGAAUUGCCUUCAUCGAUGAAUGAUUGUUCCAUUAUUGAUACGAAUCGACCACCAUCAACCACAAGAACAAAAACAUCACCAGAAUUCGUUCAUCAAUCAUCGACGAUCAAUAAUGAUCCAGUACCAUUUCGUUCAAUGUCUGUGAUGUCCAUACUCCGAAAGUUUCGUGAUUAUAUGCAAAUGGGCUACGAUACCUAUCUGGUACAAUUGGAAGAUGCAUCUAAGCAGUAUUCUGAAUUGAAAAUUCAACAAUGGAAACAACAAUCAUCACCUGAUUCGACAACGAUAACCGAUUCGAAUGCAAUCGAACAAGAAAUAUCAAAAACAUCUAUCGAUAUUGUUGAAACGUUUGCCGAUUAUGUUGGUUAUCUGAACAAAACAAACAUUUAUUUGACUAUUUGUUUAAAUCUAUGGUGUAAACAAUAUGUUGAUUAUGAUCCAUCCAAUCAUAUCAUACAAACAAUGUUGGAUCCACAAUUACAGGCACAUUUAGCCGAUCCAGAAAAACGUCGUAAUCUUUGUGAAAAGAAUGAAAUGUUGAUACAAUCAAUCACUAAUUGUGUAACGAUAAUUGGACAGAUUUGUAAUUAUGUUCAAUUAUUGCUGUCCAAAUCAUUGAUGAAUACAAAUUUUCUUACAAUUUUCAAUGAAUUUAUGCAUCGUAUCGAUGCACUUGAACAUGGUAUUGGUGAAGCAAAACGAGUAUUUAGCUCCAAAGUUGUAUUGGAACAUGAUCUUGGCGUCACUAUUGAAUCGGAAUUGAAAUCAGCUGAUGAUUGUAUCCUAUCAUCGGUUGUAUUCUUAUCGAAAUGUGUACAAGAAAUUCGUCUCAUAUUUGAAAUGCAUUAUUUUUUCUUUGUCAAUGAUUAUCAUCCUCAACAACAACAACAACAAUCGUCAAAUGGUAAUGUUGGUGAUAGUGAUUUGAUCAUUGAUCAUACCGAAGAUAGUGAUGAUUAUAAUGAUCAAGACACACAACAACAACAGCAAAAAUCGAUAGAUUUGAGCAAUGAUAAUAAGAAUAUUGAAACAAAGCUAAAAUUCUGUCAAACUCGUCUGUUAGAGGUGGAAAAAGAAAAAGAACAUUGGUCAAUAGAAUCACAGCUGAUGAAAGUUAAAUUGGAACGUGAACAAAAACGUUCGAAUGAAUUGGAACAAAAAUAUCAAAUGUUAAUCACUCAACAACAACAGCAGCAGCAAUCAAUUUCAACAACAACGAUUCAUAAUUCAAAUUCAUUUUCUGGUGGACACUCCUUGACAAAUCAAUCAAUAAUGAAAAAUUCAUUGAAUAAACAACAGGCUAAUUCGAAUAAUGCGUCAUUAGUAUCAUUAUCAUCAAGAAGUUUAGAUCAAACAACUACAGCGACGACUACUACUAUGGCAAAAAAUCAUGUAAAUUAUUACGCUGAACUUGGUUCCAUCGGUUCAUCAUCUAAUCAUGAAGAUUGUUCAAGUCAAUUAAUUGAUGAUGAUAUCGUUAUGAUCGAUGGUGGCGGUAAUAAUAUUAUCGAAUCAAUGUUGACCAUUAAUCCAAAUCAAUCGCAGCAGCAACAAAUAAAAAACAUUAAUCAAUUGAAUUUAAAUUAUAUGCAAACAAAAUUGACGCGUUUAACCGAUGCAUUGGAACGCAUAGAUUCAAGAGCACGAUCAUAUGAAAAUGAUUGUCAAUCAUUACGACAACGUUUAUUAAUUGAACAGGAUCAUAAUUGCCAACUGAGACAAGAAUCUGAGCACCAAGAAUCACGAAUGAAUCGAUUACAGGAAGAAUUAAAAACAACUGUCAAUAAUUAUGAACAACAGUUGCAAGCAAUGUCCGAACAUAUGGCCAAGUUAAAUGAAACAUUAGCUAAACAGUGUGAACAAAUUGAUGUGUUAGAAUAUGAAAAAUCAAAUUCUGAUCAUCAUCAUUCGAAUAUUGACUCGAAUCAGAAAAAAUCAUCAACAACGAUGUUUGACCUCAAUUUUUUUCGAAACUAUUCAUUAGAUACAGGAUUUCAAUAUUCAAUUCACAUGAUCAUCCUUUGUGUGUGUGUGUAAAAACCGAUGAAUGUUUGGAAUAUCGUGGCUUAAUUUUGUUGUUGUUCCCUUCUUCUCAUACCCAUUUUCAAUGGAAAACAAAAUUUUGUCGUCUAAUUUUCUUUUCUACUUUUUUCAAAAACUUUUUAGAAUCUACGAAAAGGUUUUGGUGGCAAACGUUCGAAUACAAAUAAUUAACAAAGUACCGCAACACACACCCAUUCCUAUGUUUGUUUGUUAAAAUAUUUUUUAUCUAUUAAAUGAUUGAUUAAAGAAUUUUUAUCAUUUUUUUCUUCUCA